AUGGAUGUGUUUGUGAAUGAGGACCUGGGUGGGCCUGCUAAUACCAGCCAUGAUACGGGAGGAAUAAGACAAGGAGAGAGCGGUCUCAACCACAGCGACCCUUUGGACAUGUUCUCAGGCAUGGAGCUUCUACUGCGUUUUAAGCCUCUCUUCCUGCCUCUCUACUGCCUCAUAGUGGUAGUGGCUGGUGUGGGCAACACUUUCCUCCUUGCCUGCAUCUUGGCUGACAAGAAGCUUCACAACGCCACCAACAUCUUCAUUGGGAACCUGGCAGCUGGUGACCUGCUGAUGUGCCUGAGCUGUGUGCCGCUGACGGUGUCCUAUGCUUUUGACAGCAAUGGCUGGGUUUUUGGGAGACCCCUGUGCCACCUCGUGCCGCUGCUGCAGUGUGCCACAGUCUUUGCAUCAGUGCUCUCCCUCACUGCCAUCGCUGUGGAUCGCUACAUAGUUGUUGCUCACCCAGUGCGAGAGAGGAUCUCGGUGUGGGGUUGUGGGGCAGUGGCUCUGUGUGUCUGGCUCUUAUCGCUUGCUCUGGCCACUCCCCCCUCUCUCCACACGCACUACCUGGACCUGCGGCCCAGUGGCAUCAACCUGGUGGUAUGUGAGGAAUUCUGGCCUGAUAAAGGCCAUUUGCGUCUGCUCUACUCCUGCUUCAUUCUCAUCGCAUCUUACAUGAUACCAUUGCUGUCGGUCAGUGUAUCCUACUGCGCCAUCACCAUUAGCCUGAAACAACACACUCUGCCCGGGGAGACGUCCCACAGCCAGCAGUGCUGGAGCCAGAGGAGGAAGAAGACUUUCACCCUGCUGGUGGCAUCCGUGCUGGCCUUCGCCCUCUGUUGGCUCCCCUUACAGGUGCUGAACUUGUUGCUGGACCUCGACCCAGACUUCCACAUCGUCGGGAAACGCUACGUAAAUAUCCUUCAGGUCUGCUGUCACUUGGUGGCCAUGAGCUCAGCCUGCUACAACCCUUUCAUCUACGCCUCACUGCACAGCAAGGUACGCAUGCACCUGAAGGGCUACCUCUGCCCUGCACACCAGUGCCGUGAUGACGGGGAGGGUGACGUCCAGAGGGGCACCCUGAUCUCCCACUGCACCUCCUGUAACACAGCCACCUGCCUUAGUCUGACGUCCAAGGUUCCUAACAAGCGGAUUCUUGCUCCAACUGUGUCCACGCCCACAGAGAGAGCAAAAGUCAGCACCUGCAUCACCAAUGUUAACGUCAAUGUCUGA